UGUAUUGGGGAUCGAUUUAUCGUGUCUUGUCUGGACGCGAUAAAUCGAUCCGCUAAUCGACGCCCGUAGUCCACCUCGGCAGGAGGAGUAAGCGCAGUCGACGGGGGCACUGCAGUAGUCGACUCACCGCCGUGAGGAUGGCCAGAUAAAUCGUGAAAGCUGGUGUUCAAUAGAGCCAUGUUCAGAUCCUCCGUUGUUGGAGCCGACGCAAACUCACGAAUCUAGAGAAUGUGAAAAUUUCCUGGAGGAUGGGCUGAGGGGAGACUGUGCCUCAUCGCAGGGUGUCCUGAAAAGUGAAACUGGAAGCGAGUCUGAACUCUUCCCCUUGCCUGGCGAUGGGAUGGAUGACAUCGUCUUUGGAAAGCCUGAAGAGGAACAGUCUGCUUGCGAUGUCACCAGUUCCAGCUCAUCGGCAGAUGACACAGUCUCUUUGGAGAGGAAUUCCUCUCUUGGGAGUGACACAUCCCUUCCACAUGCUCUAAACUUCAACAGGCCUAAGGAGAGGCACACUCUGGAUGGAAACGGCGUUGACAUGGGAGCCGCAGGGGGACGGGAGAGUGAACUUGGUGGCUCAGGCGAGAUGGAAGAAGAGAUGGACAGUAUUACAGAAGUGCCUACCCACUCCUCUGUCUUAAGAAAUUCCAUGCGACCACUGUCACCAUUCCGACGGCACAGCUGGGGGCCAGGGAAGAAUGCUGCCAAUGAGGCAGAAAUCAAUCACAGGAGUUCAACGCGAGUUCUGGGGGAUGGUAUAAGGAAGCCUCCCAUUCAUAGGAGAAGUUUGAGCUGGUGUCCCUCUGGCGUACAGUACAUUCCCAUGGGUGCUGACUUUAAUUGUAGAAGUUACAGCCUAGAAGGCCUUGCAGGAGACUCCGAUGAUGAUAAGAAGCCCUCCUCAAAUUUAGAGACUUCCUCUUUGAGUUCCAGAGACCUCAGGCGAAGUCCACUUGCUAGUGAUGACCGUGGCUCCUUGGUCUCACUCACUGAAGAGGAAGUAGAAUCUGAGCAGGGGGAAAUCAGAGGCUUUGACCGUCAGACACGCCAAAGAUCACAGCCGCAUGGAUUUAGUUUCUGUACUUCUGCCACUUCUCCGCUGACCAAAUCCAUUUCGCUAAUGACAAUCUCUCAACCAGGACUAGACACCCAGAGACGGACUCGACCAUGCGGACGAAUCUCCUUCUCCUUCAGCAUCUCUCCGCUCAUCCCUAAGUCUAAAACUCUCUUUUCUGUUGGCUCUUCUUCCAGUGAUGAGGAGGAGGAGUUGGAUAGCACAAGAUCGUUCAACAGCACCAGUAGUUCAUUGUCUCAGAGUGUGUCUGAAGAGAGCGGCAACUUCCUGCCUCCCAGCCCCUCCAGGAAAGAUUUAGAAGGGAAAAGUGGAACAAAAGUCAGUCGCACCUUCAGCUACCUCAGGAAUAAAAUGUCCAGCAGCAAGAAGAGCAAACCCACAGAUAAAUGUACCAUUCCAUGCAGCUCUGCGAACUCUGGAGAAUACUCAUUGGCUGGAGAGAUCAGGUUUCCUCCUGGUGAAGCAUUGCUGUGUAGGGGGGAAAUCAUUGUAAAGGAAAAAGAGAAAGAUAAGGAGAAGACGAAAGAGAAGGACAAAGAUUCCAAGGAGAAAGAAAAAGACAAGAAGAUGUUAAAUGGACACCUCUUCAGUGCAACCCCUACCGUGGGUCCAAUCAACUGUUACCACUGUAUGAAACCUUUCAACAAAGAUUCACACCUCUGUGCAAACUGCAAUGCAAUUGUUCACAAAGGCUGUAAGGAGAGUCUCGCAUCCUGUGCAAAAGUCAAAAUGAAGAUACAAAAGGGGAUGCUUCAGGCACACGAUACCUCUUCGUUACCCACAGUAAUUAUGAGAAACAAAACCUCACAACCUAAGGAGCGCCCUCGGUCUGCAAUACUUGCCCCUGAUGAAAACACAGUCACCUCAAUAUUCAAUAACAGGAGAUCACAGCAGACCACAACACUUUCAAAAAGCGUCUCAAUACAGAACAUUGCAGGAGUUGGUAAUGAUGAAAACAUGAUACAGACCUGGAAAUACCUGUCACAAUCAACAGACUCUUUACAUAAAAUCAGCCGGGUGAAUGAAUCCACGGAGUCGCUAACUGAUGAAGGUGCAGACAUGAAUGAAGGACAGCUCAUGGGGGACUUCGAGAUGGACUCCAAGCAGCUGGAGGCAGAAUCCUGGAGUCAAGUAGUGGACAGCAAGUUUUUGAAGCAGCAUAAGAAGGAUGUCGUCAAGCGGCAAGAUGUCAUAUAUGAGCUGAUGCAGACAGAGAUGCAUCACGUCCGCACUCUGAAGAUCAUGAGUGAUGUGUACAGCAGGGGGAUGAUGCAAGAGUUGCAGUUUGAACAGCAAAUGGUGGAAAAGGUCUUUCCUUGCCUGGAUGACUUGCUGAACAUCCACAACCAGUUCUUCCAGCGGAUUCUGGAGAGGAAGAAAGAGUCCCUGGUGGACAAAAGUGAAAAGAACUUUGUUAUCAAGAGGAUAGGAGACAUCCUGGUGAAUCAGUUUUCCGGUGAGACUGGGGAGCGAAUGAAGAGAACGUACGGCAAAUUCUGCGGGCACCACAACGAGGCUGUAAAUUAUUUCAAAGACCUGCAGUCAAAAGAGAAGCGGUUUCAGGCAUUCAUCAAGAAAAAAAUGAGCAGCGCGGUGGUGAGGCGCCUGGGGAUUCCUGAGUGCAUCUUACUGGUAACUCAAAGGAUCACAAAGUAUCCCGUGAUAUUACAAAGAAUAUUACAGUAUACCAAAGAAAACGAAGUGGAGCAUCAAGACUUGACUCAGUCGCUAAACCUGGUUAAAGAUGUGAUAGCUGCGGUCAAUAGCAAAGUCAGCAACUAUGAAAAGAAAACGCGUCUUACCGAGAUCUACACCCGGACGGACAGCAAGUCCAUCAUGAGGAUGAAGAGCGGCCAGAUGUUUGCCAGGGAGGACUUGAGACGUAGGAAGCUCAUCCGAGAUGGGCCUGUCUCACUGAAAAACACAGCUGGGAGACUGAAAGAGGUCCAGGCUGUCCUCCUCUCAGAUAUGCUGAUAUUCCUUCAGGAAAAAGACCAGAAGUAUGUCUUUGCCUCAUUGGACCAGAGAUCCACUGUAAUCUCUCUGAAGAAACUGAUUGUACGAGAAGUGGCCCAUGAGGAAAAGGGUUUAUUCCUAAUUACCACCGUAGUGAAAGAUCCAGAGAUGGUAGAAGUCCAUGCCAGCUCCAAGGAGGAACGCAAUAGCUGGAUACAAAUAAUUCAGGACACAAUUAACACCAUGGACAAAGACGAAGAUGAAGGAAUCCCUAGUGAAUCUGAACUGGAAAAGAGAGUGUUGGACACCAAAGCCAGAGAAUUAAAAGAACAGCUUCAGCAGAAAGAUCAGCAGAUCCUAGCGCUGCUGGAGGAAAAGGAGAAGAUUUUCCGGGAUAUCACUGACUGUAGCAUGCAAGAGGAUGGCUCGGUCUCCAGAGUGCUGUUCAGGUCCAGUACAGAGGAGGCACAAAAAGGGGAGACCAUUAUGAAAAGUGCAAUAAACGAGGUUGAAUAUUUGCAAAGCUUGAUCAGUAGGAGUCUAGGGAGUGCACUUGGGGCUGCUGACCUGCUGCCAAACUCUGAGCAAGAAGGGGGAGUUGGCCCCAUCUCCCUUCCUAGAAGAGCAGAAACUUUUGGAGGAUUUGACAGUCAUCAGAUGAAUGCAUCCAAGUGUGGAGAGAAAGAUGAAGGUGAUGAUGCUCAGGAUCUCCGGAGAACGGAAUCAGACAGCAUUUUGAAGAAGGGGGGAAAUGCUAAUUUGAUGUUCGUGUUGAAAAGAAACAACGAGCAUGUUCUCCAAAGCAUUACGUACCUCCACAACCUGCUCAGCUCUUUGCAGGGAAUAGUGUUGCAGCAGGAUACUUAUAUUGAGGAUCAGAAGCUGGUUCUCAGUGAGAGAGCGCUGACACGGAGCUCCUCCCGGCCAAACUCCUUGAUCGAGCAGGAGAAACAGCGGAGCCUGGAGAAGCAGCGCCAGGAGCUGGCCAACUUGCAGAAGCAGCAGGCCCAGCACCAGGAGGAGAAGCGGAGGAGAGAGAAGGAGUGGGAGGCCCGGGAGAAGGAGCUGACAGAGCGGGAGGUGCGGUUGGCCCAGCGAGAGGAACAGGCACAGAAGGGGCACCAGGAUCUGGAAAGGGAGAGGGAAGAGCUGAAGCUGAGGAAAGAAGCCUACCAACUGGAUCUGGAGCGGCUGCGAGCAGCACAGAAACAACUGGACAGGGAGAAGGAGCAGCUCAAGAGAGAUGUGGAGCGAUUACCCCCAGUGCAGAUGGAGCCUGACCUCAGACAGGUUUCAAACCCCCAUGAUAAAAUGGUGAGGAUCCCCUCCCAGCCCACCACUGAGGACUCCAAGCAGCACGGUUCUUCCCUUCCCAAACAGGGGCACUUUGAUGCAGGACUGUCUGUGUCACCCAAAAGGAACAGUCUCUCAAGGACACACAAAGAAAAAGGCACUUUCCACUUGCUUAGCGCAACGAACCAGACGAACAAGGCAGCUGAGGUGCAGCAGUCCACCCGCCUCUUCGGUUUAUCCAAGCCAAAGGACAAGAAGGACAAGAAGAAAAAGGGCAAAGGACACCGCUCUCAACCUGCUGAUGCUCAUUCAUCAGAAGCACCACCAGAUGGCGAGGAGAUCUUCUGCUGAAUGUCUGCUCCUAAUUCUGCAGGGAUGAGCCUCCCUCUCCACUGUACUGUGUUAGGCGCUGUACAUGCACCUGAUGGGGCCAAAGCAUGAGCAGCUCUCCCUCUACACAUCAAUCAUUCUCAGCCUUUGUACAGCGGAAACCUCCCCUCCCACAUUUUGCAGCGCGCUCCUGGCUCCUGCACCCCACCAGCUCUCUAUGUGUUAAAAUAAAACAUUUGUAAAGGCUGCACAUGGUGGGAAAGGGGCUCUGUCCUGCGGUUUUUUUUAUGAAUUCUGGCUGCAGAGGCUGACCACACUGCAAACAGCACCCACUUCGGGUGCAAAUGUUGGUUGAAAGUAGGAAUAGAUGUUUCCAGUCUCUUCUUACUGCUAAAGGAUGAAAGACUAUGGCCCAAGGGGUCUGUGCCUCCAAAUUCUCCUUUUCUGGGGAAUACAACCAAAACCAAGCAUUUAGCAAAAGCCCAGGACGCUGAAAAUGGUGCGUACACACUGGCAUAUAGAUAUACUAUAUAUAUAUGUGUAUGUGUCUAUGUAUCCACUGGGAUAUACUUACAGUCUGUACAGACAAGCUGGGUUAGCUUAGCUCGGCCCAAGGAUACCUGAUGACUUUCAGGGCACAUGUAGAUAUUAAAUAUCUUAGCCUUAAUGCUCAGAGUGUAUAUUGGCCGUCAUGCCCCUUCCAAGCACAUUGUAUGUUACAUGCGACAUUUCAGAAAGGUACCAAACACUAGGCAGCAGCAACAGUGUAAAAAAAAUACAAUAGAAAGUUACUCCCAAAGGAUUUCUUUGGGGCAGAGGAAUUAAAAUUUAAUCCGUUUCCAGCACCAAACAGAAUGUCUUUGGAUGUGUUAAGAACACAAUCCAAAAAGGAUGCUGUACUUGUGAAGUAAUCCCAGGAAGCCAGAACAGACCGUGAUCAAGUGACAACUGCUUUUUCAUGUGUGAGUUAGUCUAUUCCCUCCUCUUCCUGAGCAAGGCUUUCUUUGUCAGAUUGUUUCUCAAGCAAGAUGUCAUUUGGGAUCAACACUGUUUUGUUACAAAUUCACUGUCCCAUCAUAAAACCCCAUGAGAACCUUCCAUUCGGGAAUCACUUUUUUUAACCUACUGCCUGUGAUUUUCUUCCCCUGGCGUCUCUUAGUGAUGCCGUCUGUAUGAUCACUGGGCUUCUGUUUCUCCAGUUUCCGUCGGCUCGUAUAGCUCAUUUCUAACCCAAAGCAACUUCCGGAGCGCUCAGACGAGAUGGCAGAGGUUGUAACCUGAGUGGGGAAUUACUUGUGUGAGCAGAUGAACCGGCAGGAACAUAAAGCCCAGUAUUUAUGCAUGUACAGUACUGUGUGCUUACAUACACUUACCGGGGAGACAGUGUAUCCUAAUGGGCUGAACGUUGUAUUACAGGUCAGGAGCUCCAGAGUCCUGCUCCCAGUACCACCACUGACUCACUAUGUGCAAGUCUCCUAGCAGCUCUUUGCCUCAGUUUCUCCAUCUGCAAAAUUGGGAUCCCUGUGAGAAUUAGCAGAUGUGCCCCCAAUGCAUUCAUGAUGCAAGGUGUUAUACAAAUGCUAAGUAUGGUGGUAAUGUGUGAAGACCAAGGGAGAUACAGGCACAAAGCUGAAUUGUUUGUAAAUUCAUUGUUAGCUCCACACACCUCAGGAGAUUUGCCUAAGCAGAUUUGUAAAUGUCAUGAGACUCUAGCCGCUUGGAUCCCUUGAGCAGUUUGAAGCUGUUGUGGUCAUUUCUUUCCCCACAGAUUCUCCUUUUUUAAAAAAAAAUUUGCACUAUGUUUUGAUUCUUAUUUGCUUUAUAUCUCCUCACAAGCUAGUUACAUGCAGUAGAUUUCAGAAUUCAGUACUAGCCUUUUUAAUAAUUAGCAACCGCAACAAGGGUGCUUAGAUUGGUCUGUCUCGGUCAGUGGACUCCUGAAUAGCCUGCUUGCUUUUGAAGCUCUCUGAACAAUUCGUACUCAAAAAACAAAACAAAAAAAAAAGAAGUAAGAUGUUUUCUGAGGUUAUAUUUUUGUUGUUGUUUUUUUUUUAAAUAUCAUUUGGUGCUUGUUCUUAAUUGCAAGCUGGGCUUGCAAAAAUAUUUAUCUUUCUGUUUAUUUGAAAGAGGUCUGGUUUAGAAAAAAUUAUUUUGUUUUAUUUUUUUAUUUUUCUUUUGUUUUUUUAAAGAUGAGCUCAGUCAACCCAAUGGUUUUAUUUUGUCAUUGCACAGUACAAAACCAAGGUGUGUUCAGUGCUGCAUAGCAGCCCGUGUCCUGCCUGAAGAGUGGUUAGGUACAAGUGAUUCCGGCUGCAGAGUUACUUUCAAGGCAAAGUAUCUCCAGGCCAGAUAAAAAUUUGGGAAGAGAGGCAGUGGUUUUGGUCUGGAACCUUGCUGGCCCUCCGAUUUCUUGUUUAAACAGGUUUGUGUUAUAUAUUCCCAUACCUCUUUGAGGCAAGGUAAGAAGCCAAAUAUUGCGCUUGGUGGAAGGGCCUGAUUCGCCGCCGUUGGAAAUCAGCGGGUGUCUUUCCAUUGGCUUCAGCGGGCAUUGGUUCAUGCCCUCAGGCUGGAGUGGGAUUUUUAGAAAUAGGAAAAAGCAACAGCCAUAGCUAAUUUAAAGAACCUCUGCCGUAAUAUUCGCCUGCUUGUGAAAGUGAAUGUGCUAAAAGGAAAUUUGGGAACCCAGUCCCGUGUAUGGCCUGGUUACCAAUUUGUACACAGAGCUUGGCUGGCUGGUAUUUUUGAAGGAUCCCGGUUAGUUUGUAGAAGCGUUUGCCUGUGUGAGUGCAUUCUUCUGCCCCAGUGAUACAUCUCCUCUCCCUAGAGCCAGCACUUCUUGAACUUACAAAACAGCACACCUAAAUAGAGGCGCCUCCCCCAGGGGCCGGGGGGCUGAAUCGUUUCUCUCUCUAGUCGUAUUGUAAAUAGAAUGGCAUUCAGUGCACUGUAUAAGCUCAGUCUGGAUUUCACCAAGCGGCUGGCUGCCCGUGUUGUUAAAGUUAUUUGUGUUUGUAUUGUCGUGAACAGAAACCCUUUGUCAUUGGAGGAUACAAAUUGCUGCGUGAUUUGAUCAUAUUCGAUUAAAGUCUGUAGUCCCGCCCUCCUCUUUCCUCCAUCUUGUCAUUUUUAGGGAACUGAAGGUUGGUUUUUUUUAUCCGUUUUGCUCAAGUUUUCCUUGAAAAGUUGGAACUGGUCCAUGGAGAUGGAUUCCCACUCUGAUCCCUGCAGAUUAUCCAGCAUUACCCAGAUGUAGUGUUAAGUGGGUCAGUUUUAGCAGCACCGAUGUUUUGGUUUUUUUUCCUUUCCUGGCCUUCAUUAAUGAAUUAUAUUGUUCCACUUCCAUGCUUGGCAUCUAACUCUUGUUUGUUGAGUGCACUUUAUUUCUUAGCGCGAGCCUGACAUCCCACUGGGCUUCUAAGGCCUGGGUCCUCUCAAAAGUCACCUGCUAUGUGCUGCGCUGUUGCUGCGCAGGAAAGCAAAGUUCACAAGUGGCUGCAUGAAUUCCUUACUGGUGCAGGGAAAAGAGUCAUUUGCAAGAAGCUGCAGUUUGAGCUCCCUUUGCUAGUUUGUCAUUAAUGGGAGCAUCAGAUCUCCCUUAGGCUUGUGGCAAGGCUUGGCAUGGUAGCUGUUACUCCACAGCAGGAGGAGCUUCAGAGAAUAGCAUAGUGAAGGAUGCAAUUUCAGCAUAAAAUAUAUCAGGUGGUCAGUAUUAAGUAACUUCUGGCCACACCAGCAAUCUGUGAUCAGACUGCAGCUGUAGCAUACGGUCCCUAGAAUCAAAGGGAUUGCCUGGGAUUUGAUGUCAACAUCCUUUAAAUGAAGUGAUCAUCUCAAUAUAUAAUUUUCUGUGGUGUUCGAUGCCAUAAAGCGCUUUAAAUGGAAUCUGUCUUGUCACUUCCUUUGCUGAUUUUUGGUUAUAUUGAGACAAUCAGGCGAAUUCCUUCCCCUCCCCAUCCCUAAUACAGUCUGGGAAGGAGGUUAGAAGUUACAAAAUAUUGAAGUGUGAAGUCUGCAUAAUUUAGGCUUUGAAGAGAAGUAGGAGCCGUGGUGGAGAAGAAGCUUUCCAUGUCACUUUUUUUUAGCCCAAAGUUCAGAAUGUAUGAAUUUUACCACUGUCCCCUUCUAAAUGUAGUGAGCUGAGAGCCCUCUCUUUCCUCGUGGGAUCCAUCUGUUACUCAGCCUUUCGGUUAAUCCCUUCGGAAACCUAGCCCAGCUCCCCAGCUUGGAAGACUCAUCUUACACAUGACGCUGGAGGAAAAUCAAGAGCAGCAAUGCUGCCAGAGGGUUGAGGCAGGGGCAGGAGGGAUUGGCUUCCCCCCCGGGUAAAGCAGAGACAUGGCAUUGGCAUCAGUAUCACCUCCCCAGCAAGGUUGGAGAAUGCUGGGUAAAGGGCAACACUUCCAUUGGGGUCUUACUAGAGAAAGAGGAGAUGGAAAGAAAGAAACCCGAGAGUAAGGAGUGCAGCCAAUGAGUGAAGUGCAAUGAGGCUAUUUCCAUUUGCCAAGUACUAUACAGUACCUCCGUGAACCUCAUAGGCUAUGUCUCUGGGAUGGGAGCACUUGCUUUCCGUUGAGAUGGCUGGAGCUUUUCACUACCGAUAGCUCUUGAAGUCUGACCACAGGUCUAAGUUUAGAUGGGUCUGAUUUAUAUUUUCUUUGACGGGUAUUUGUCGAGUCUGGUAAUCUUCACACCUUCUUUAGGUUCCUACAACACCCUGAAGCUUUCACUGAUCCAGUCCACUAUGCCAGAGAGCCUUGAAGACAUCAGGCUAGAGAGAGCGUAGUGGGUGCCAAAUCUCAUGGGAGUUGUCUGGGAUAGCUGGGCAAGGGAAGACUGGUCAGAGGUGGCAACAAAGGAUUUGAUUGCCCCUUUAAACUUACCAUAACAUUCCUUGUUAACCAGAACUCUGGAAACUAUUCUGCCUGCUGGCCAGGUUUGUAAACUUAAAAUAAUUUAAAUUAACCUAUGAAAUAAAUCAUCCCCAAGUCCUCGUAAUUCUUAUUUCAGUUGUCAGAAGGGGCAGCAAUCCAUGAUUAGUUCUCUCUCCAAUGAUCUAGCUACGUUUUAAAGAUAGGCAAGCUGAACUGGUGUAGUCUUGGGCCUCUCAUGCUCUUGAGUAAUCGGAAGACCACUAUCAAUAUACCUUUUAGGGCCUCAUUGCCUUUUCCCUGCGCAUGCACUUCACUGACGUUGAAGUUCUGCCCUAAAAUAUUCUGCUUCCAUUGCCUGGAGGGGAAAAAAGGAUGUAGUUCGCUGCUUUGCAUACAGCAGUAAGCUUUGGAUGUAUUUUUAAAAGUCUACAAAUAUUGAUCACAUUCACUCUCUUACGUAUUUUAACUCUAUUCUUUAUUGAUAAUAAACACUGACUCAGAACAUCUAUGUCCAGUUCAGUUUGCCUAUGGUUAAAGUUUAGCCUCGUGUUUGUUUUGUACUAACAUGGAAUGCACUAGAGCAAUCCACAGACUGUUUGAGGAUGUGCGUUACAGUAACACUGUAUACCUCUGCAUCCAGUUCUUGGGGUUUUUAUGCUUUGCAUUCUUUCAUGUUGAAUCUGUAAAAUAAAUAAAAAUAAAAAAGUUAAAAUGUUGCAAAAAAUAAAAUUUAAAAAAAGAGGGUAAAACAAUAAUUGCUGUAUGUUAAUUUGUAAUUAUGUAAAAAGUGAGCAGGUUAUUGACUGUAAAAUUCUUUGUUUUUUCUGUAAUUUGCCAGAAACCAUCAGGUUUUGUAACAUUUAGCUUUUAUUUAUCUUCCUUUCUAGUUAGCAGCAGCAACCUCUUGUAAAGACAUUUUUUUUCCUCUAAAUAAAUUUGAUUUUAAGUCUGA